ACGCCUGCGCGAGCGGGCAUGCCCCGGAAGCAGUUGUUUGGCCCUGUGACACGUAGCAACGGGGCUGGUUCAGGGUCUGAAGCAGUUUGGGGGUUGUUUGGGACUACUGAAGCUACUGCCUUUGCCGCCAGCGCAGCCUCAGAGUUUGAUUAUUUGCAAUGUCAGGCUUUGAAAACUUAAACACGGAUUUCUACCAGACAAGUUACAGCAUCGAUGAUCAGUCACAGCAGUCCUAUGAUUAUGGAGGAAGUGGAGGACCCUAUAGCAAACAGUAUGCUGGCUAUGACUAUUCGCAGCAAGGCCGAUUUGUCCCUCCAGACAUGAUGCAGCCACAACAGCCAUACACCGGACAGAUUUACCAGCCAACUCAGACAUAUACUCCAGCUUCACCUCAGCCUUUCUAUGGAAACAACUUUGAGGAUGAGCCACCUUUAUUAGAAGAGUUAGGUAUCAAUUUUGACCACAUCUGGCAAAAAACACUAACAGUAUUACAUCCGUUAAAAGUAGCAGAUGGCAGCAUCAUGAAUGAAACUGAUUUGGCAGGUCCAAUGGUUUUUUGCCUUGCUUUUGGAGCCACAUUGCUACUGGCUGGCAAAAUCCAGUUUGGCUAUGUAUACGGGAUCAGUGCAAUUGGAUGUCUAGGAAUGUUUUGUUUAUUAAACUUAAUGAGUAUGACAGGUGUUUCAUUUGGUUGUGUGGCAAGUGUCCUUGGAUAUUGUCUUCUGCCCAUGAUCCUACUUUCCAGCUUUGCAGUGAUAUUUUCUUUGCAAGGAAUGGUAGGAAUCAUUCUUACUGCUGGGAUUAUUGGAUGGUGUAGUUUUUCUGCUUCCAAAAUAUUUAUUUCUGCGUUAGCCAUGGAAGGACAGCAACUUUUAGUAGCAUAUCCUUGCGCUUUGUUAUAUGGAGUCUUUGCCCUGAUUUCUGUCUUUUGAAAAUUUAUCUGGGAUGUGGACAUCAGUGGGCCAGAGGUACAAAAAGGACCUUGAACUCUUAAAUUGGACUAGCGAACUGCUGCAGCGCAACUCUCAUGCAGAUUUACAUUUGACUGUUGGAGCAAUGAAAGUAAACGUGUAUCUCUUGUUCAUUUUUAUAGAACUUUUGAAUACUAUAUUGGAUUUACCUGCAGUGUGACUAGCUUUAAAUGUUUGUGUUUAUACAAGUAAGAAAUGCUAUUUCUUUCCAGUUCCUGCAGCCAUUGAAAAACCUUUUUCCUGCAAAUUAUAAUGUUUUUGAUAGAUUUUUAUCAACUGUGGGAAACCAAACACAAAGCUGAUAACCUUUCUUAAAAACAACCCAGUCACAGUAAAGAAGAGACAAGACGGCCAGGCGCGGUGGCUCACGCCUGUAAUCCCAGCACUUUGGGAGGCUGAGGUGGGCGGAUCAUGAGGUCAGGAGAUCGAGACCAUCCUGGUUAACACAGUGAAACCCCGUCUCUACUAAAAGUACAAAAAAUUGGCUGGGCGUGGUGGUGGGCACCAGUAGUCCCAGCUACUCAGGAGGCUGAGGCAGGAGAAUGGUGUGAACCCAGGAGGCGGAGCUUGCAGUGAGCCGAGAUCACGCCAUUCCACUCCAUCCAGCCUGGGUGACAGAGCGAGACUCCGUCUCAAAAAAAAAAAAAAAAAAAAAAAAAGGAGACACAAGACUUACUGCAAAAAUAUUUUUCCAAGGAUUUAGGAAAGAAAAAUUGCCUUAUAUUCUCAAGUCAGGUACACUCAAAGCAAAAAAGUGAUCCAAAUGUAGAGUAUGAGUUUGCACUCCAAAAAUUUGACAUCACUGUAAAUUAUCUCAUGGAAUUUUUGCUAAAAUUCAGAGAUACAGGAAGUUCACAAUCUACCUUACUGUAGACAUGAAAUGCGAACACUUACUUAGAUAUUAAUGUAAACUCAACCUUAGGGACCUGGAAUGGUCGCAUUAAUGCUAUAGUGGUUGGAUCUCCAUAUUUCCCAAAAAUAAAAAAUAAAAAAUCACUAACCUUUUUUAAGGAAAAUAUUUAAAGUUUUACAAAAUUCAGUAUUGCAGUUAUCAACGUAAGGUAUAUUUGAAUGCUUGUUAAUUAAAACCUUUCCAAAUAAUUUUAACUGUGUUAUUGAGUUUACUUUUACUAAACUACUAUUCCCUUUCUCUCUUUUUUAACUAGGCUCUGAUUUUGACCCCUAAUUUAAGCUUUAAGAAUAGAAAUCAGCUAAUACAGAAUCAGACAAAAAGGAGAUUAAAUGAGAAAUAGUUUGAGUUACAUUAUUUUAUUGUAUUAAAUGUAUUUGAUUUAUAUUGUCAUGUUCUCUUGCCAGAGAGAAUCUGUAGGAAAACACUAUCUUUUAUACUGAUCAUUGGCUUUUUCUAGAAGAACUGCCUCUGAUUCUGGACAAAGCUCAGUUACAGUUAUGAGAAAGAUAUGGUACAGGGAGGAAAAUACUGCUUUUUUUUUUUUUUUUAAAGAAAUUUUCAGACUAAAUAAAAAGAAAUGCCAAACUGAUGUAUCAUUGGUUCUUUUUUGGAAAAAGUUUUAAGCAUAAAAAGGUUGAGAGAAAUAACAUAUUUAUUGAUUCACAUAAAUAUGUUUUUCUUCAUUAAUCAUCUGGAGAAACCAACUUGUCAUUAAUUUGUUUUGGGCUAGGUUUUCAAACUUACCAGAUUGCUUUAGAAAAGCAAUUUGGAAAGCAAUUUGAUAGGCUUUCCAACUUAACCAAAUUUUUUAUUGUAAUUCUUGGAUAGUAUUUCUGUCUUUUUCAAUUCAUUUGUCUUUUUCAAUAUAGUUUUUGUUAAGGCAAAUGUCUUCCCUUAAUAUCCAGAUAUUGCUAAUAAACGGUAGAAGAUGCUUUGGAAAUUAAAAUUAUCUCGCUGUUGGUUAGACUUAACACUGUUAAUCUUCAGCCAAAUAUUACAUAUGGAUCAAAUUAUUUUCUUUUUUGUUGUUUACCCUAUCCCCAACAUUUUUAGUUUAAAUUAUUGUAGAGAUUUUUUUUUUGUGGUUGUUUUUUAUUUUGCUCCAAAAUAAUAAGAUGCAAAGCUAUUUUAUGCUUAACUGUUGCUCUGUCAAAACAGCUAUGCAGUGGAGUUGCAUUUGGUGUUCUAGAGUUUGAUUACAUGCAGAGUCGUAUAUAGCCAAAACUUCUCUUAUCAAACUCUGUUAUGUAGGCAUAUUUAUAUAUACAUUAAAGACUGUUGUACUGUGUC